CAAAACACCAAAUCCUAAGUGAGCUGUUUUCACGCAAAACGCUGUCAUGAAGCGUCCAAACGUCUAGGAAAACACCGAGCGUAACUCGCGCCACAAAAGUUUGCUGCGGAUUGUGUGUAAUUUUAUAUACGUGUUUGUAAAGCUGUGUUUAGCCAAACGUGUACAAUAUAGAUACAAGCUUUUGGUGGGAUUUUUUCUCUCUUGGCUUUGUAAAUAGCGCUCGUUGUCGCCAAAAACAAUCCGCGCAAGAUGCCACGAAAUACUCGAUCACGCGAAGUGUAUUGUAAAUCAUAUGUGCUUGUUUGGUUGCAAAUUUGACAAGCGUAUGCGUGGCGCUGCGUUUGGCGGGUCUUUUUUAAACUCUAAAUAUCUUGAAUUCCGAAAAUUUCCUGUAAUAUUGCUUGAAACAUUAGUUUCAUAAAAAAUAGUGACGCCUGAGAUGAAACUUCAGGGUAAUGCUACAAGAAAAGCAGUUAUUCAAAGACACAAGUCAAUGAAAAAGAACACCAAAGACACUGCAUCGGAUAAAAGCUUCACACGAUUGGCGUUGACAAGCUUCGGAAAUAACUCUAAAGAUACCAAAGCUCAAGAGAAUUUAGUAGAAAAAGCUGCUGCAACAAAUUUUGAAACAGAUUUGCUUUCACCUACCACCACACAAAAACGAGUCAAAUCUCAGGAAAGUACGCCACAAAGCCAAAAAAUCGCCAAACAAAAACCAAUGAGCUGUGGCGAAAUGAAUGAAUCUGGAAAGGAGAAUGCAUUUUCCGAUCAAAUUCGAAAUCAUCCUGCUGAUGAAAAUAGCAAUACUGUCGCAAGAGUCCCAGGCCGAUAUCUGUUAAAACAAUUGUCGAGUUCUUUGAGUCCUAAAAUGACUGAAAUUAAUAUCGAUACGGACCGUCGCGUGAGUCGGUAUGGAAGACAUCAAAAACAAAAAGACAAUUCAGAUUAUGUACCUGUUGAUUUAAUGAAAUAUGUCGGCAGUACACCAUCCAAAUUCAAAACGAAGUCAGAAACUGAUGAUCCUAACUCAGUCAAUAAAACAUUGGAGACUAAGCCUUAUUCGAAUGAUGAAUUGCGAACAGGAUCCAAUGAUAUUUCACUAUCAUUAACUGUAGUCCCAUUACCACUGAUCGAUGGUUCGAUUAUGAAACGACCUGAGGAGAAACAAUUGCUCAGUAUGGAGGAAAUUAAAAUUGUUGGCAUGGAAGAGCCCUACUAUACGGAUAAAGGCAGCGAUAAUAAUUGCUUUAUGAAUAAUUUGCUUGAACGCAAGACAUCAUCAGAUGCCGACAGCGGAAAAGGGUCUUCAGUCGAUCUUGCUAUCAUAUACAGGGCAGGCAAUUUAUAUUGGGCAGCACAGACAAGAAAGUCGAUCCACUGGCCAUGCAUUGUCCAUGUCGAUCCGGAAACCGAUCAAAUUACACGAUUGCAUGGCGAUAAAUUUUUGGAAGUUCAUGUGAGUUACUUUGGGGAUAGAGGACGUCGUGCCUGGAUUAAGGAACAUAGCAUUUUACCAUUUGAAGGCGUAGACGAAUAUUGUACCAAUGCUAAGAAUAUGGAGUAUGGCAAGCUUCUAAAAUCAGCUUUAAAGUCGGAAAGAUGGAAAAACGCUUGCAGUAUAGCAGAAAAAUAUAUGACACUAUCAUUGAGUGAACGUAUCGCAAGUUUUGAUCAUGAAGUAAAACUAGAAUUAGCACGACACAAAGUAAUGCGACAUCGUAUGGCGAUUGAAGGUAGAAUCAAAAAUGAAGCAUCGCAGAAAAUGCCAGCAUUGCUACCGUCCGAUAAUUUAGCGGUAUUAGAACAUUGGAACAAAAGGGAUCGUUCUUCAUCUCCGGAAAGUCCUGAAUACGAAUUGCUACCAGGCGUGAUUCCAACAAAAAACAAUCCCAUUAAAAAAAUUAAAUUUUCUCCCAGCAUGCAAAAUCGCAUCUUGAAUGACAAAACAAGCCCUUUAGAUCGCCCGCUGCAUUCAAUGGAUAGUGAGGAAAAUCCUCCUGAAAGUGCAACCAAAGUAAAUGGGCCAAAAGCAACAACCCUUGGUGUGAGCGGUUUAGAAAACUUGAAUAGCACCGAAUAUGAUGAUAUUCUGACAUUCAUUCGUUAUUAUAUGUUUGAUGGGCACACAUCUUAUGAAGUAGAGAAGGGUCUUCAAUUGUAUGUGCGAGGUAUAUGUAACCUAAAAAAACACUCCAACCGUGGUACAGAGCGUACUGUCGGGCGACAGCGUAUGCAUGCACUACGUAAAUCUUAUGAAAUACUGGGCAUUGAACCUUUGGCAGAAGCCAGCACUAGCCUAAAGACAAGGAAUGCUCAUCCUGUCAUUAAAAAAGAACCCAAAACAUUGGAAGAAAAGUUCAUAUUUCAACUGGAUAAAAAUUUUCUUAUGAAAGGUGUUCCUAAAGGCUUUGUGUGUUACAUUUGCAAUCGUCCUAAUAAUGUUACAAAGUGCAGUAAAUGCGCCCUACAUUUGCAUCUUGUAUGUUUGGCCAAUGAUCCUGAAGAAGUAGUAAAAAUGCAGGAGCUAGUUGAUCAAAAAAAACUCUGUUGUGAAAAAUGUUCUAUGACAUCUAUUGUCGAGAAAACUUGUUUCAUUUGCAACGAUGAAAUCCCUGAAAAGAGUAACGAACAAAUAUACCGUUGCGUGGUUGGUAAAUGCACACAGGCGUAUCACAUAUCUUGCUUGCAACUGUUUCCUCAAGUUCGUCAAGUUAGUGCAAGUACUAUCAUUUGUCCAUACCAUACAUGUCAUACAUGCGUAGCAAGUGAACCGCGGAGCACAGCUUCGAUGGUAAAAACAACGCUAGCACACUGCCUUAAGUGUCCGACAUCAUAUCAUCCGUCCGGUAAUUGCAUUCCAGCCGGAUCGGUUCUACUAACAACAACGCAACUGAUCUGUCCUAAGCACACUCUAGAGCAAAUCCCUCUUAAUGUGAAUUGGUGUUUUAUAUGUGGCAAAGGAGGCAAUUUAAUUUGCUGCGAAACGUGUCCAUUAGCCUGCCAUACGGUCUGUCUACAGUUCACGCCGCCAGACGGAAAAUAUUUCUGUGAAGGGUGCGAAUCUGGUAGACUACCACUUUACAACGAGAUCGUUAUCGCUAAGAUGGGAUCCUUCCGUUGGUGGCCGGCCUUAACGUUGCCGCCAUCCGAAAUACCGCAAAAUAUGUUGCAACUACGACAUAAACCUUCAGAUAUAUGUGUAAAAUUUUUCAACACACACGAUAUGUCAUGGCUAAACCGUAAACGAAUGUAUCUGUAUCAACGCGAGGACUCCGAAAGCCUUGACGGAUCACAAAGCGGAUCAUCUAUGGAUAAACGGUAUCGCUCUGCGAUGACAGAAGCAAGUAAAAUCUUCAAGAUACUGCAGACCAGAAAAAUGUUAGGACCAUCCGCAAGUUUAAGUUAUUCGAAAGCUGUCCCAGUAUAUAAAAAAAUUAAAACCAACAGGUACAUACCACCUUUAAAACCACCAUCGGUUAAUCGACAGUUGGAUGGCGUGGAAGACUCUGUGUGUCGUUGCCAGCCGACUGAUGAUGAUCCUUGUGGCCCCACUUCUGCAUGCUUAAAUCGUGCAAUCAUGAUGGAGUGUAGCUCUAAAACAUGUCCUGCAAAAGAAAGCUGUUCAAAUCAACGGUUUACCAAGCGCAUAUAUCCCGCACUGGAGGUUCGCUUUUUUUCGGAUAAAGGCUUCGGUUUGGUCGCUCUCGAAGAUUUAAAAAGUGGCCAAUUCGUGAUCGAGUAUGUUGGCGAAGUGAUUAAUAGUGAGGAGUUCGAUCGAAGAGUAAUGAUGAUGCAGGCCGCAAAAGAAACAAAUUACUAUUUCCUUACGGUUGAACCCGACUUAACUAUUGAUGCAGGACCGAAAGGAAACGUUUCGAGAUUCAUCAAUCAUUCAUGCGAACCGAAUUGUGAAACCCAAAAAUGGACAAUUGGAGAAACUCGUGUAAUUGGACUAUUUGCCAUUAAGGACAUUAAAGCAGGCGAAGAAUUGACCUUUAACUACAAUUUGGAAAGCUUGGGUAAUAACAAACGGGUAUGUCUAUGCGGAGCUGGUAAAUGUUCUGGCUUUAUCGGUGAAAAAUAUCGCCCGCCAAAUAAAAAAGAUAUUGUAAUCAGCAUGAAAUCAGAACGAUCCCUAAAAAACGGUAAGAAAAGGGUUAAAAUUCGUAGAACAAAAACAACUUUGACCCAAAAAACAACAACAAAUUUAAGUGAAACUAAGGACACCAACAUCCAAUUGAACGAUAACGACGUGGUAAUGAUAUCUGCACAAGAAGCCGUAAUAGUAGAUUUAGUUGACGAACAUGCAUCAGCAUAUCCAUUCGCAGCAGUCCAUAUCAAGCAGGAAAAGAAUGAUUACAAUAUUUGAUUAACCUUCGUAUGUAUUUUUAUUUGGUUUGUUUUUGUUUGUUAAUCUAUAAUAUACACAUGUGCUAACGUGGUCGUUUACAUACAUGCUUUUUCAAUUGAACUUAAUAAUAUGGAGAAAGUAAGUUAUCUGUAUAAAUUAGGUCGUUUUUUGUAUUUGUCGAUUUCAUUGUGCUUGUUAUAUGCGUGUACAAAGAAUGUAAUUAUAUUUUUUUAAAUAGAAAUGAAGUUGAAGAAUCUGACCAAAUGUGUUCCAUAAUAUAGAUAUGUCCCGCACAUCACGGAAUUUACUAUGAAGUGGGUUGAAAAUAUCACAACAACU